AAAUACCGUUCCGGAGAUAAGAUGGGCGAGAGCGGGGCGCUUAGCACUAACCAGCCUUGUUCGCGGGCAUCUCGUCUAACGUUUAUUAGGGUUCCAAGCCUUAACCCACCAGCAGCUGACCCAAAUCCCCCCUUCCAAACGACUGACGUCUCUUACUAUACCUACCGAGCAGUCACUGUAAAGGCAUCCCCCCUCCGUAAUGGCCCUUUUCUUCCCUCAGGAAAUCAUUGACACGAUCAUCGAUGAAUUGCAAUUUAGUUCCCCAUCCUCCCAUCGCCACAGAAACCUGUCCUGCUGUUCCCUCGUUUGCCGUUCUUUCCUCUCUCGGUGUAGAAAACACCUCUUUUCCUCUAUCGUCCUGGCCUCCGAUGGACAUCACUCGUGGAACGAAUUCCACGAUCGCGUCUUCAAAGGAUCUCCCGAAAUCAUGCUGAUGAUCCACUCUGUUGUGUUGAGUUCGGGAGAUGGUCAUGAUAAGAUCUUAUGCACGCUUCUCACAGCUAUGUGCAAUCUCCGCCACGUGGAGCUGGCCUUUGGGUUCCAGCCUAGGCGAAGCAGGGUGCUCAAUGCGCUGAGAUUUCACAAGCGUACCAUCAUAUCGCUCAGGUUCGCAGAUGUCACGUUUCAAAGCUCUGCGGCGUUUUUCGACUUCCUGGCGGCCCUUCCUGAGCUCCGCUCGCUCAUGAUCAAAGACUUGGAUUAUGAAGAAAACAUGGGGAUAUACCCGGCACAGCGGGAUAAUAAGGGCCGCAGCUGUCGUCUGGAGAAUUUUUAUUUCCACGCAUCGAGCUAUACUCGAACCGGUGCGUUUAGGAAGCUAAUCGAUCACAGAGAUAUCGUACCUUCUCGCAAUUUACGUCGGUGUGGCGUUAGUCUGUGGGACGGGGAUGACCUCUUGAGAGCGAAAAGAUUCUUGAACGACUCGCUUGAUUGUCUCCACUUGAUUUACAAUACCCAGCUGAACUUGUGCGAUAUCCUCGAUAUCCUCGAUUUCAACCUCUUUAAUCUCCCGCACCUCUCCAUCACGACCUUCCUACCACCAAACUUUCGAUACACUGACAUGGAUGAAUUCGAGCGGGGAGUGAGGAGAUGCGUCCUCCUCGAUGGGCAGCUCGCACUCGAGGAGCUCACCUUGCGUCUCUAUCCAAACUUGGAGAGCUGCGCCACCCAUAGCCUAUGGAGGGUUUUGGACGCAUCACUUUCAAGUCCGUGCUUUCCGCGAUUCCAGCAUCUGGAGGUCGAGUUGAUCUAUUCCACUGACCGCGGGCUUACGGACGACGGCGGGAUGACGUCGCAAACUAUCGGGGAACAGUUCUCGGCGUUGAAAGGGAGAGAUGGUGUCCGUUUCAGUUGCCGCUAUUCUGACGGCGACUUUGAUGAUAGUCGAUUUGAUAUCUCUCAUGGCCUACUAUCUUGAAUGUCGGUUGUUUUAUGCACCUUUCGCAAGGCUGGAUUAUGAUAUUGAUGAAAAUUUGCAGUUAUAUAUGUAGAGGAGUAAACGUUGGCUGAGACCUGGUCUUUACUGGGGCUCCCUGCUCUGUUGACCUCUUUAUGCCACCUCCUUCAUAGCAGUAAUGAUUUUUUCCCCCGGUAUUCUAUCGAGGUUUCGGUACCUUUCAGUACACUUUGCCUUCGGAGAUUGGGGUGCCAACUUCGCUUCAUUCAUGCUGCUCACCGAGUCGUUCGGCUGUAAAUGGGAUAAAGGAUGUUAAUUGUUAGCUGGAGUCAGUCGCAGAUCGUUACUUCUUCUGUUGGCCUAUAUUUACAAGAGACAAUCAUGCUUAUAUGGAAGCGAUAAAUUGUCCAGAAAACGGGAAAUACAUACAAACGAGUAACAGCAGCCGAC